AUGUCCUUGAUGGACGCCGCUGUCGGUCCCAGCCGCCGGAAGGCGCUCCCCCUGCCUUCCCGGACCGUGUCUCUACUCCUGUCGGCUUUCCUGCUGGCGGCCUGCUUCUCCUUCUCGGGUGUCGUGGCCGACUCAUCGGCCAUUGACCACCUUGACGCCGCGUCCACAUCUUUGCCGAGCUCCGGCUCCGGCCCUGGCUCGACUCCUGGCUCGACUCCUGGCUCGACUCCUGGCUCGACUUCCGGUUCCGGCUCCGCCCCCGGCUCCAGCUCCGCCCCCGGUUCCGGCUCCGCCCCCGGCUCCAGCUCCGCCCCCGGCUCCAGCUCCGCCCCCGGCUCUGGUUCCGCCCCUGGUUCCGCUUCCGGCUCCGCCCCUGGUUCUGGCUCGACUCCUGGUUCCGCUUCCGGCUCCGCCCCCGGCUCCAAUUCUGCCCCAGGCUCCGACGUCCUCCUGAACGAGCCUCUCAUCUUGGACUCCGUGCACAAUGAUCGAAUUUUUGCUUUGGCCAACAGCAGCACCGUCCCUGGGGGGCUGAAGGCACAUAUUUCCUUGGCUCGGUCAAUUCGCCGAUCUGCUGCCAAGGGCUGGCCUGAGGGGAUCGAGAACUAUAUCGAUAUUCCCCUGGACAACCCAUUCGGCGGGGGCGGCAGCACUGGCGGCAGCACCAGCGACAGCACCAGCGGCAGCACCGGCGGCAGCACUGGCGGCAGCACCGGCGGCAGCACCGGCGGCAGCACUGGUGGUAGCACCAGUGGCAGCAUGCUCGGCUUCACCACGCUUGGAUCUCACGACACCGGCUUUUUCGCAGCCGCUACUCAGCAGGCCAGUAAUGGGGUUGCCCUCUCAAGGGAUCUUGCCCAAGUCCAGUCCGGUUCGACAACGGGUGAUUUUAGCGGCCUGGCCAAGCUCUUGGCCAAGCAGUAUUCGGGUCUCAUUGCCAUGUUCGCCAUGAGCGUCCUCUUUGCCUUGAUCUCCUUCCUCGCGGUGUUCUUCUUCCUGUUCCGCUGCUGCUUCGGCUGCUGCAAUGGCAAAGGCAACGCCUACAGCAAGUCUCAGCGCGUUGUGGCUCUGAUCAUCUUCUCAAUUGGCUCGAUCCUCCUGGUUGCCUUCCUCUGUGUCGGCAUUGCCGUCAAUGCCAUGAUGGACCGCGUGCCAUCCGAUAUCGACACCCUGGUUUACGGCAUUACGGACCAUGUGACUGCCUUCCCGGAUCGUGUGUUCCAAACCUUCGAUGACAGCAUUGUCCUGGUGAACCACACCCUGGACACCUCGCUGGCGCGCAUCGACCUGGUCAUGGAGAACCUCCUGGUGGGAAAUGUUGGCCUCAACGACCCGAACACCUCGGCCCAGAGUGUGUCGGCCCUGAUUGACGAGGUGGUGGAGGAGCUCUUCACGCUCGAUGCCCUGGCGCAGGAUCUCUACAACGACGCCAUCCAGUACGACCAGGCGGUCGUCAGCAUGACCAACCAGUACCGGGCCCUGCUGGACCGGACCUCGGUCACGCCCCCGGGUUCGGAGCCGGAUGACAUGCGCACGCUCAAUGCGGACCUGGACGAUGUCUACGUCCAGACGCGCACCACCUGGCAUGUGUCCGACACGCCGACCUCCUGCCAGGCCCCGCGGUACUAUGUGGCCACGGUGUCCGAUCCCGGGCAGUCGGUGCGCGAUGACCUUGAGACCGCCUUCGACAGCCUGAACCUCGGCCAGGUGGCCACUUCCAUCCAGGCGGAGAAGGACCAGCUGCUGGGCGACAUCCGGACGACCAUCAACAAUGAGAUUGCCCAGCUCCGGGUCACCUUCGGCGAGAUGGUCACCGAGAUGGAGAAUAUGGUUGCCGACAUCCGCCUGAACAUGGUCGACCCAUUGGUGGAUAGCGUCAAUGGGAUUGUUGAUAUUUAUUCGGAGAUUCGCACUGGCACCGUGGACGAGGCGCUGUCGAUUCGGUCCAAGGUUAUGAUUGCCUUCUUCUGCCUGCCGGCCGUGUGUGUCAUCCUCUCGGUGCUGGGGCUGGUGCUGAAGAACCACUUCCUGAUGAACUUCAGCAUGUUCCUGGUGUUCCUCUUCAGCCUGAUCCUUUGGAUCUUCGGAACCGUCCACCUGGCCAUCGCGGCUCUCGGUGGCAAGGCCUGCGAUGUGGUGGUGUACUCGGAUAUCCCGCCGGUGGUUGAUCAGAUCUCCCCGGAGUUUGGGGAUUAUGCCCGCACCGCCAUCCAGGCCAUCGAUGACUGCCUCGACCCGCAGGCCAAUGUGCUGGAUAUCAUGAAUAUGACCGAGCUCAUCGACCUGAACCAGUACCUGGACCAGUAUGUCAGCGAGGCGGACAUCCAGCAGGCCAUUGCCAGCUUCGACUUCUCCACGCUCUAUGAUGAUCUGUCCUUCACCGGGGGGGUGGACUUCACCACGUACCUGUCCGACUCGGACGACAUCAUUGCCGAUGCGCAGAACGCGCUGCAGGUCUUCGGCCAGCUUGUGGAGGCCAACCAGUCCGCCGGCGAGGCCCUGGCCACCCGGGUGAGCAAGCUCCAGCAGGAGGACCUGCUGACGUGUGUGGUGCUCGGCACGUCCACCCAGGCCGAGGCCCUGGACGAGCUCCUGGCCCUGGGCAACCGCAUUGACCUGCUCAAUGCGCGAACCGACCAGAUCCUGGAUGUGGACCAUGCGGCGGCCACCACCCAGCUCGGGGUCCUGGUGGCUCAGUAUGAGAUCAUCAAGGCCGAGAUCCUGGGCCUGGCCCAGUUUGAGCAGGAUGUCAUCGCCCACAUGAAUGCCCUGACCACGCACACGGUCGACACCCUGGCCAAUGAUGUGGUGCCGGCCAUCAUGCAGGACAUCACCCAGCUGGUCAACACGGUGGAGGGGUCGCUCUGGUACCUGACCGGGUGCUACUGGGUCGGGCAGGAUCUCAAUGCCGCGCGCAACACCCUCUGUGUGUCGAUGGUGGGCUCCCUCGAUGGGGUGUGGUGGACCGCCGGUGCCAUCGGCUUCUCCUUUGCCAUCUAUGUGAUUGGCGCCUUCCUGGCCGAGCGCCGGUGCAUUGGCGGUAACGCCGAUGAGUCCAAGUCCGGCGGCGAGUCCUACGAGAUGUAUUAAGCCAUGCGCUGAGGUGGCCCCCUGUUGUGGGUGUUCCUCUCUGCCCAUGUGUGUCUUGUCCUUGUGUCCUUUUCCCCCUUCCUUUCUCCCCUUCUUCUUCUUCUUCUUCUUCUUCCGUUGGUGCGGUGUGUCGGCCCUUUGCCGCCGCCGCCGCCGCCCCGAGUGCACAUCCCUGCGCCGGCGGCCAACAUCCGAAUAUAUAUAUAUAUAUAUAUGUACCUGC